GUCGCCCUUGCGAACACCGCUAACACACUGCUGCCAUUCAUGCUAUUUGGGGUUUUUAAGUGAACAUUCGUACACCCCUUUGGUACAGAAAAACCCGAAAAACUACAAAAUCUGAACUCGACGUGUCAAUCGCACAGCAUUGUCAUUUUGAAGGGUUUCAAUUGGAGGUGAAGUGACCAACUGCCAGCCAUGUUUCACUUCAAGAAGAAAGACCGCGACUCUAAGAAGGAGUCCAAGAAAGAGAAGAAGCAGGAAAAGCACAGCAUCAAGCAGAAGGAGCGCCACAAGGACAAGUCAAUGACAGAGGAGGAGUUAAGCCGAUUGGAUGAAAUCAAACGUGGGCUGUUCCCCGGCCGAAAGAUCAGCCUCACCAGGCGCCAACCCCAGGUUGAUCGGACCGACGGGUAUCACGCGCCGGGGGUCGAGAUCCGUAACAGCGAAUCCAAUUACAGUAUGGAGUUUACCAGUGGAAGCGACGAGCAAAGCGCCAGCUCGGUCCGUAGUAGUAUGGAGUUUCCCGUCAACCAACAAGUAGAUGAGGAUGGUGAUAAGGCGGUAGACGUCAACGGCAAAACUGAGACAACAAUUACGGUGUCAGAAACCCCGCCUCUUGUUAAAAAAGGCUCUGGAUCUAAAAAGAGUAUUCUAAAAGGGAAAUCUAGUUAUGGAUUGCCAGAUGUUUCUUCCGGGACGGUUUCAAGUAAACUUGACGACACGGGUGUACUCGCGGACAACACUGCAUACAAUGAACUCAUCGCGGAGAAGGCUCUGCAGGCUGAAUCUCAAUUUGGUGAGUUUGUCUUUGAGCCGGGUGCCAGUAGCCCCGGUCCAGGGGAAAAGACGUUCGACAUGGAUUUACCGCUUCCGGAUCUCGUCGUGCCAAAGCCGCCAAGGAAACGCGACGUCAUGCUUCACCGACAGCCAAACGGCGGUUUCGGGUUCACGCUCCGACGCUGCAUCAUUGAGGAGCGCAGCGGGCCGGGCGGGGGUAUAACCCGACGCACCGUUCACUUUGCCGAACCCAGCUCUACGCAAAAAGACAACUCGUCUGGUUUACUGCCGGGAGAUCGCCUCGUCGAGGUCAACAACGAAAACGUGGAGUCCACGCCACGAGACGACAUCAUCGGUAAAAUCCGUGGCUCCGCGGAUUCGGUCUCGUUGAAAGUCCAACCGAUUCCGGAAUUGAUUGAGUUGAGCCAUCGCCACGGAGUGGACGGAUCGGAGAUGUAUCUGGAAGAUCAGAUCUUGAAAACGGGAUCGUUGGCGCAGAGCUCAAGUAUACGAAUCGAAAGAGGCAGGGCCAAGUCGGACGCCCAGUUGGACUCCGAGAAGGCGUGGCUAGGAGCAGAGAGGGUGUGGCUACUACACAAGGGAGGCUUCACCGCCGCCCAGCUGCUGAACGCUGAGGGGAUCGUUCCAUUAUCCGAGGGGCGGAUCAGGGUCAAGUUGGCACACAGCGACGAUGCGCUGGAAGUGGAUGAAGAAGAUGUCGAGAAGGCCAACCCUCCCCAGUAUGAUCGAGCGGAAGACCUAGCCUCGCUCCUGCACCUGAACGAGUCCGGGGUACUACACACCCUACGACAGCGCUACGGCGCCAGUCUAAUCCAUACCUACGCCGGCCGCAGUCUGGUCGUCAUUAAUCCCAUGCACCAACUCUCCGUCUAUUCAGACAAGCAUGCCACAGCAGUCAUCCAGCUCUUCAAGGGAUGCAAGCAGGAGGACAUGCCACCCCACAUCUACGCAACGGCGCAGACCGCGUAUCGUAACAUGCUAGCGACCAGGCUGGACCAAUCGGUGGUCUUCAUGGGGCGUAGCGGCGGGGGCAAGUCGUGGAACGCGAGACACACGUUGCAGUAUCUGACACAGGUUGCCGGGACGAUUAAUAACAUGGUGACGGUUGACAAGAUCCAAGCUGUAGCGACCCUGGUCGAUGCCUUUGGUAGCGCCCGGACUGUCCAGAACACCAGCGCGACUCGCUGCUCACAGAUCCUCUCCUUAGACUUUGACCACAUGGGACAGAUCGCUGCCGGCUCUCUCCAGAUUUUAGUCCUUGAGAAAUAUCGUGUCGUCCGUCGUCCAGCAAGUGAGAGGUCCUUCAACAUCUUCUAUAGUCUGAUGGGUGGAGCGGACGAGGCAACAGCCAAAGAAUUGUUUCUGAACCAUUUGGCGCCAGACAAUGUCUACAUAACUCCCCUUCAAAGGUCUGAAGAUAAACAGCCAACGUCGACAGCUUGGAGCAAAGUCCUCCAUGCCUGUAACGUCUUGGGUUUCUCCAGCGAUCACUGCAAAGCAUUAUGGUGUGUCUUGGCGGCCAUCAUUCAUCUGGGUGCGGCAGGGGCAACAAAAGGUUCCGGUAGCAGCAAAGCCCAAUUCCGCAAACCCACAGAGGCCCAGAAAGCUGCCCAUCUCCUAGGCACCACGAUCGAAGAGCUCGCCAAGAACACCUUCAGCCCUCGUCUGGCCAGCGGUGCGUCCCGCAGCAGCCUCAGACCGGUGGUCAACGAACCCAUGACCGAACAGGGUGCCACACCCCGCGACGCACUGGAGGGCAUGAUGGUGGGGCUGUACGGAGAGCUAGUCAAUGCGGUGGUGUCCCUGAUUAACAAGUCCCUGUCAAGUUCCUAUCGAACGAUGUCGUCCAUCUUGGUGGUCGAUGUCCCAGGAUUCCAAAACCCCACGGCCUUCGGUCAGCAGGGCGGGGCCUCGUUCCACGAUCUCUGCAUGAACUACGCGCAGGAGCGCCUGCAGUUACUAUUCCAUGACUCCAUGUUCACCACCCAGCAGGACAAGUAUGCACAGGAGAAUAUUGACUGUCAUUUUGAGCAGGCGGAGUCCUCACCGGAACCCAUGGUGAACCUCAUUGAUAAACAACAGGGAUUGAUGCGAUCUUCCAAUAUGGACCUGAGGGAUGUUGAUCAGAAGGGGCUACUGUGGCUGCUGGAUGAGGAGUCUAUAUUCCCAGGAGCCUCGGACGAUACUUUCAUGGAGAGAAUCUACAUCCACUACGGCCACCAAGCUAGCAAAAAGGACAGUCUUCUACGAGGCUGCAAGGAGAAGAACCACUUCAUCUUGAAUCAUUUCCAGAACACGACACCGAUCCAGUACAAUGCCACGGGCUGGCUGAAAGUCUGUAGAGAACACCCCGUGGUCCGUAUGGCGAUAGUGGUCCUACAGGAAUCACAAAAGACCAACAUCAGCGGCUUGUUUGUGAGUCUAGCCGGUUCCCUCCCCAGUACGAUGGUUGGCUCCGUUGCUGGCAUAGAGGGCAGCUCAUCACUACGGAGAGCGUCCAGCAUCCGCCGGGCGUGGUCCAGCGGCACGGCAGCCAUCAAACGGAAAUCCGUCUGCCUGCAAGUCAAAUUCCAAGUGGAUGGUAUCAUGGAAUCUCUACGCCGUACCCGUUUGCAUUUUGUCCACUGCCUCUUACCCCAAGUCAACGCCGGCCUGUGCGAGCUCAAGAACCUAGGGGCAAAGUCUCCGACCUCCCCCACGCCAACCUCUGACGGGCUGAUCGAUGUUCCCUACUUGAGGAAUCAAAUCAGAGGAUUGGAGAUCUUGGAGUUGGCCAAGCUACACAAAUACGGUUUUCCAGAGAGUAUGUUGUUCAACGAGUUCCGUCGCAGAUUUGAGUUAUUGGCCCCGGCCAAUGCAAAGGUCUCUGAACCUGUAUUGGACGAGAGAAAGGCCAUUGAGGAACUCGUGAAGCACUGUGAUCUAGAUUCUUCUAUGUACAGACUGGGACUAAGUCAGAUUUUCUUCAAACCCGGUGCCCUGGUCAAGGUAGAGGACCAACGGGAUGAGAGAUUGUCUAAGACGAUAACAGAAUUCCAGGCUUACUGCCGAGGAUACGUUGCUAGGCAACAGUUCAAACAACUCAAGAUCAAGCAUCUCGCAAUCACUGCCGUGCAACGCAAUGUCCGCAAGUUCCUCGCCGUCCGGACCUGGCCGUGGUGGCGACUCGUUACCAAGGUGAUGCCGUUGCUGGACGUUCACAGAACCGAGGAGGAACUCAAAAUGAAAGAUCAUGAGCUGACAGAGUUGCGGAUCCGAGGGGAAAAGUUGGAGAAGGAGCGAAAUCUUCUGAAGCACAACCACGACAAGAUGGAGGCGAGGUUGGCAGAAAUGAGUGCUGAUCUCGCUGAGGAACACACGACGGCCAACCAUGCCUCAGAAAUGCUGGAAAGAGAAACGGCAGAAAGGCUACGACUUGAGAAGGAACUCAAAGACUUAAAGGUUGCUCAUGGGAAUCUUCAGCGCAAGGCGGAGAAACUCGACAUGGAGGUGAUGGAAUCCAGAAUGAUGCGCUCCUCCUACAUGGACGGAGACAUGGGCAGCAGCGAUGAGGAAGAAGAUUCAAUCUACCGAACCAAGUAUGAGCAGGCAAGACGCGAGAUUGAGCUGACCAAGAAACGGCUGAAGCAGGAACACGAGGAGGAGAUAGAAAGCAUGAAGGCUGCCAAGAAGGCUCAGGAUAGACGGAUGGCAGAGGCCAUGGAAGAAGUCGAAGAGGAGCGAAAACAGGUCGGUGGCCUGAAGCGCAAAGUGCAGAAACUGAUAGGCGAGGCGCAGGAUACCAGACUACACCUGGAGUCCCAACAGGCGAGGAACUCGGAACUGGAAAAGAAGCAGAGAAAGUUUGACACGGAGCUGCACAAAGUUCAGCAGGAUCUCCACACAGACCAUCUGGCUAAGGACAAAUUGCAACGGGAGAAGGAAGCCUUAGAGAGCGAAAAUUACGUCCUCCGACAGCAGAUGGAGGAUAUGCGAUCAGACGUCAGCAUCAAAGAGAGCCGUAUGGAGGAGCUCCGGUGCGAGAUGAACGACCUGUCCUCUCACGGCAGCAAAGAGGUCAUGGAGGUAGCCGCCAUCAAGCGACAGAAGCGGGAACUGGAAGCCAAGAUUGAUGAUCAAGAGGAAGAGCUGGACGAUCAAGCCGGGAAGAUCUUACAACUCGAGCAGACCAAGCUCAGACUGGAGAUGCAGCUGGAGAAGCAGAAACAGGCGUCUCAGAAGGAUCUGGAAGUUAAAGAUGAAGAGGUGGAGUCGGCGAGGAGCACUUUCCAGAACAGGCUGAAACAGCUCGAGAACCAGAUAGAGGAAGACUACAAGGAGCGUCAGUCGCUCAUGAGGCAGAAACGAGACCUGGAACACAAGCUGGCAGACCUGCAGGAGCACCCGCGGACGGCCGACAAGGAUGUGGAGAGACGGCUCAAGAAGGACCUGAAGAAGACCAAGGCUCUGCUGAACGACGCUCAGAUCAUGCUGGAGAGGCAGAAGGCUUCCGCACCAAGCAGCUCCAAGAUCAAACAACUGAAGAACGAGCUUGAGGACUCCCAGUAUGCAACCAUGGCUGCGGUGAAGGCGCGGCAAAGCAUGGAGAAUGAGCUGUCAGAGCUACAGAGCCAGCUGGACGAUGUCAGCAGGGGUAAAGCAGAGGCGGAGGAGAAGAUCUCGCAACUGAAUCGUGAGAUGAACGACGUCCAGACCAGGCAUGAGGACCAGGAAGAAGACUUCAAUGACCUCCUCAAGAAACACAAGGCAUUAGUGCUACAGAGUUCCAACGACCAAGCUAAGGUCGUUGACCACGUCUCACAAAUCAGCGAUCUGAUGCAAGCCAAACACGAAUUGGAUGAAAAGGUUUCGGAGCUUCAGGGCAAGAUGGAAUUCAUGACGUCGACCACGGUGGACCGAACCCAGCUGACGAGAUUGGAAGGCAAAGCCCGAGAUCUGGAAUCCAGGCUGGCACUGGAGAAGACCACCCGACAGAAAUUUGAGAACCAAGCGGAGAAACUCAAAGAGAACAUAGACAAGAUGAGCACGGAGCACGACAACCGGAGCUACAAGGAUCAGAAAAUGCAAGAAACUAACCGGCGAUUGCAGCGGGAAUUACGGGAACUGAAGGACGAACAAACGGACCUACAACGCAAGGAGACAGAAGGAACCAAGAAGAAACUAGAACUGGAGGAAACAGUCGAUUCUCUUGAAGAGAGCAACGAAAAACUGCAGUCGGAUCUCAAGCUAGCUUUUAAGAGAAUAGCGGACCUACAGCACGCAUUGCAGGAUAAUGACGACAGUGGCAGCGACUUAGGAAGCAGUGAUUCAGACAGUGAUGACGAACCCGAGUACAGCCGCCGCUACAGCCGGUACUCAUCGCGCAGUUACCGUGACAGCACAAGCAGUUUGGAGUCCACGCCGCGCUUGGCGCGACGACGCGUGCUGUCGUCAGCAUCUGAAGAUGCCACAACAAGCCGAAAAGACAAAUACACCGUCAACCCACUCAGCUCCGACGAGGAGGAAUUUGAACCACGAAGCACGUCCCGCCCCAGCAGCAUGUACAGCGAGGAUAGCAAAGGCAGCAAAGACUCCGGCGAUCUCCUUGCCUCCUCCCCACCCCCAGGGGAAGAACGUGACGCAACCCUCACCAGUACCGGUGGGGGGACAAAGAAGAAAGGCUUUGUAGUCAAUCCUGACUAUUUGUGAGCAGCAGCCGCGUAAAAUAUUCAAAAUAGCAAUAUUUAUCUUUAUUUUUCUCGUCUUAUUUUGUCAAUUAUUUAAUGCAUUUCUCGUGAAAUUUGUACGUGUCUGGUUCUUGUAUUUGGUGGGCAUGACUAAUUGGGGUUUUGAUUUUGAGAAUUUGGUGUGUUGGUUGUUUUUUGUUUGUACUCAGUUUUAUUGUCGUGCUUCGUGUAUGUUAUGUGUUUUGGGUUCAGGUGGUGCUUUAUCAAAGAUUUACGUAGAAAAAAAAUGUGAUUCUUUCGUAUCGUAGUGAAUUUUGCCCAGUGUCGACCAUAAUUGCCAUAAUCUAAUGUACCAUCAUCUUGAGGAGGCAUAGCGAGUGGGAAAAAACACGUACAUGUCAAGAGUACGCUUCAAUCAUGCGACUUUUAUUGCCAUUCUUUUGUAAUGGCUUUAAGAAAAAAUUGCAGUGGAUGAGAUCAGAUUGUUUCGUCACGUUUCACAUGUAUUGUGGGUUUUUUUCUAAUCAAAAUAUAACUGCUCUUGUAUCUACAUGUACAUUUUCCUCACAUUUGGAAAUUAAUAUAUGAGAGUUGUUAUGUCUGGACACAAGAGUGGGGGUGUUAGCUCCGCCCCUUUCCCCAUCCACUUAGAAGGAAAAACUAAACAGUUCAAGUAUCUGCGCAAGAUUUGUUGUGAUGCUAAAUUUCUACCAGCCUGUGUACAGAUGCACAAAUUCUGCUGCAUAUUUCUUUACUGCCAAGGUCCUUAAUUAAGGAACGUCGCCUCUUUGUAUUGUGUCUGUUAACUAUUUAAUCGGCUUUGCGAGUGGACAUCGCUUUAUUAACGGACAGUUGCUGAAAGAAAAUUGUUAUAGUACAAAAAAAAAGGAAAAUGCUGACCAUUAUUUAUGUAAAUAAUUGUAAAUUUGUGUACAGUUUAAAGUACAAAUUUUGAGUCAGGAAGUUAAUCUAUGCAUGCAUAUUGAUAGUUAUAUUGUAAGUAUUGUGAAUGUUUGUAAAGUUAUUGCUCGA